AUGAGGGUAUCCACAGCAGUACUUUUGCUCCUUGCUCUCUCGGAUGUCGGCCAGGGAUUUCUCCCAACCGGUGGCUUGCAAAGACACGCUUUCCCAGCAUUGUCGUCGUGGGCGGGUGGCAGCAGUUACCUCGACAAUAUCAGUCCUUCUACCGGCACCACUACUGACAAGGAUGAUAACAAUAAUAUUAAUGGGGCUGCUACUCAUCCGGCCGAAUUGUCAUAUGGAACGACAAUGGGUCCAUCACAAGCAGCACUGCCGGUCACUCAAGACCAACACAUGAAUGUAGAGAAUGACAUGAUGCCAGAGGGAUGGACCAUGUACUAUGAUCCAGAAAGUGGAAACCCAUACUAUUACUGUGACAUUGAUGGAACCACUUCUUGGGACAGGCCGGCAGCACAUGAAACAGCAGCAGCAGCUGCAGUCCAGCUGGAAUCAAAUAGUGCCAUGAAUUCAUACCAGCAGACUUCUGCUGUAGUGCCUGAACCAACAGAAGAGGACGACCCAUUGCCAGAAGGAUGGACCAUGCAUGUGGAUCCACAAAGUGGACACCCUUAUUACUACUUUGAGGCAGAUGGAACUAGCUCUUGGGAGAGACCACAACAGCAGCAACAACAAGCAGCAACAGCAACAAUCACUGCACCAGUGGAAGAAGAGUCACCAAUUCCAGAAGAGCAAGACAUGGAACGAUUUCUCAAAAUGGUCUCGACCGAAAUUGGAGUCAAAACACUCAAUAAACAAAAUCCAUUCGCCAUUACGGAUGUCCCCUACGACGUCGUCUUAUCCAAGGGGUUUGAUCAGAUUGAAGAUUCCAUCAUGAAGACACGUCAAAAAAUGGCCGCCGAACGAUACUAUGCCAAUACGGAUGAUGACGACUUUGUGGGCGCAGAAGAGGAGGAUGGUCGGCGUCCCACCGUGUUGGUUCUGGGUACCGGAUGGGCAGCGCAUGCCUUUGUCAAGGUGGCCAAUACAUUUGACUUGAGAGUCGUGGUGGUGUCGCCCGUCAAUCAUUUUGUCUUUACGCCAAUGUUGGCGUCGGCGGCAGUAGGAACUGUAGAACCUCGCAGCAUGACGGAACCAAUCCGUGUUUCUAAUCCUACCAUUGACAACUACGUCGAGGGCCGUGCGGUUGGCAUUGAUGUCGCAAACAAAGAACUCACAGUUGAAGUUACAUCCAAACAAACAGAUGAAGGCAUCAUCCCUAUGGCCACAGAAAUGGAUAAUGAGAAUGGCGAAUCACCCCAGUCGACAAUCUACUACGAAAGUGACAUCAACAAUAAACUCAUUCAACUCAAGUACGACCAUCUCAUUUGUGCCGUCGGUACCGGUGUGCGAUCGAGCAUGGUGGAGGGAGCGGAAGAACACUGCUACAAUCUAAAGACCAGCGAUGAUUCCAAGCGACUGCGGACUGCCAUUGGGGAAGCCUUGGAGUUUGCCAGUCGACCUGAAAUUCGUGGCUCCGACUAUGCAUUGACGCAGGAACGAAAACGACGCGUUCGAUUUGUCAUUAUCGGUGGCGGUCCUACGGGUGUGGAACUGGCAGGAGAACUGAAUGACUUUUUGCAGGAGAUUUGUGAACCAAAGGUUGGAGCCUAUCAACGAUUGGCCAAUGAUUAUCAAGUCAUGUUGGUACAUGGUGGCCCUGAUUUGCUUCCCAUGUUCAACCCCGAUCUACGAAAGCGAGCCAAAGAAUCCCUCGAAGCACAAGGCGUGGAAGUGCGAUUGAACACUCGCAUCGCAAAGGUUAAGAGCAAUUUCGUCAAACUCCAAAAGAAGGGCAGCGACGAGUUGGAAGUUGUCCCCAACGGUGUGACAGUUUGGGGCGCCGGUAAUGAACCUGUGCCAUUUGUGCAGGAAAUGCUGUCACAGCUUCCCGAGAGUGCCAAGGGGAGUGCGGGUCGAAUCAACGUCGAUCCCUGGCUUCGUUGUCCCACUCCCACUGCCGAGUCGUUUGGUUCCAUUCUGGUGCUCGGUGAUGUUGCAUGCCUGGAAGUGGAUACCAAAUACAGCUCCGUCCCAGCCAUUCUCCCUCAGACGGCUCAAGUUGCCGGACAACAGGGAUACUUUGCGGCACGUUUGCUCAACCGAGGAUACGAUCUCGCCCAGACACCACCUCGACUUCCCAAAAAAGAAGAUCAUCCUUUUGACGACUUUUCGUUACUUCGGAUUUGGCUGAUGGUGCGUGGGUUGGAGGAAGCACCUGAUUUCAACUUUUUGAAUUUGGGCUUGUUGGCAUACGUCGGUGGCGGGGAAGCCUUGACGCAGGUGCAAGUUGGUGAUGUGCCCCUGUUUGACUUUGCGGGCAAGUUUGCUUUUGCCCUGUGGCGAUCCGUUUAUCUGGCGAAACAAGUGGAUUCUCGUAAUCAGGCUAUGAUAUCCUUUGACUGGCUUCGAUCGAACGUCUAUGGACGAGACAUUACGCGAUUCUAA